AUUCUUCAAAAGUAACGUAGUUCUUAAGUAUUUCAUCUGGCUACGGCAAUAUUUUUGGACAGUCCAGUAAUAUAGACUGUGAUUGUUUUUUCGUUAGUGUUAUCUUGUACUGUUCUUUGUUUUUCAUUUCUAAUGUGUGUCAAAUCCUUCGAUAGUAGUGCAUUAAAAUUUCACGUGGCAACAUAAUAUUUUUGAAAAGUCCGAGUAGCAUAGAUUGUUACUGCCUUUUACUGAUUCAAAGCCCAAAUAUUGGAAACAUCAGUUUUUUCCCAGAUAAUGUUCGUAUAAAUUAAAUCAUUUGAUUAAAUAAAUUAAAAUUAAAAAAAAUACCUUUAUUAAUCAGAUUAUUUAUGGCUAAUGAGAUUAUGAAUUUUCUUGGGAUCCGAUAAGAACCUGCCAGAAUGUAAGGCCUUUUUCAUUGUUUUCUAGUAAUUUUUUACUAAUUCUUUUGAGGUGAUGGAUUAUAAUAUUACACUAAUUUAAUUAGGACUAGAUCUAGCUAUAAGUAAUUAGUAACUUUUUUUUUCUUUUUUAGAUAGCUAAAGGACAAAAAAACAAAUGGUGGGGGAUUGGUCAUUUUGACUUAGGAAAUGCGGUUUGCAUUUUAGCCGUUGAAUUGUACAAAAAUUUCAAAGUGAAAUGACCAGCACUUGUCUUUUUCCUUAUCUGUUGAAAAAGUUUGGAUUCCAUGUGGUUUGGGCUAUUUAACAUAAAAAGAGUCAUUUUGUACGGGAGGUUUCUGAACCAUAUCUACCUCACUAAUUGAUGUUGGCCUCACUGCUUCUGAGUGUUACUCUAGUUUUAACCUGCUGAUAUAAUCAAUGAAAGCUUUGUUUUAACACGCUGAAGAGAAGGCUACCAUGACGGAAAAUCCGGAUGAAAUAUUAAGUAACUCAAAUGGUUACAAGGAUAAGUCUUUAAUCUUUACAAAAGAUCUGCUUGCUCCAAAUGGCUGUGAUGGCAUUAAAGACUCUCUGCCGUGUGAAACUAAAGAGAGGAAUGAAUUUUGGAACAUUCAGGAACUUGAUGACUCUGCCUUUUUUGAAGAUAUUUCAAGAAGUAACAAACAUGAACUUAGAGCUUCACCUCUGAAAGAUGACCUGAAUGAAGACCUGUCUAAUUUAACUUCUUCCAAGAGACAUGAAAAUCCUUUUGCAUGUGAUACAACAGAUAGAGAUCACCCAUGGAGUAUUCCCGAAUUUGAUGACUCCAUGAUUGUUAAUUUUCUUGAUGGUAAAGAAACCGGAGCCGUAGUCUCUAAUGUACAAUUUACCUCUGUUUCAGAGUUGUUUGAUACCGACACUCAUUUAUAUACCGAUAAGGAUGUCGUGGAAUGCAAAUUGCCUGGAUCGACAAUUUGCUAUAAAGAGAAUAACUAUAACAUUAUGAAAGACAUUUGCAUGGAUGAGGGAGUACCUCUCAUGGAUAAAAUUGUUACAGAAAGCAGGAAAGAUGAUCAGCCAGACUCAUCUGUUUCUGUAGCUGCUGACGAAAACCAGCCUAGAAACACAAGGGAAGGUUUUGAUAGUGAAUUGGUCUCAGCAGACGAGCCCAAAGCUUCGUUAGUUGCAAGUAUCUUCAAAAUUUCUGUGGAUGAUCAUACAACUAAAGAAGAUGAGGAUACCAAAUCACUUGUUCCAAAUGGUUUUAACCCCUUCGUGGAAGAUAAUAAUAGCAAAGAUGCUGAUAAGGAUUAUUAUCUGGUGGACAUGAUGAAGAUUUUUGGAUCAAAUGGAACUACAAUAGAAAAAGCUACUAACAUAUCAGAAAAAGAAUCUGACAUUCAGAAUUCUAAGGAAUCCAACUUUCAUGCGGAUCAAUCAGCACAGCAGCCUGAUCAGAUGCCAUCUUCUGUAGAAGCUUUUAACAGCCAAAAUGCAGUCUCGACAGCUGAUGAAACAAACUACAAUGGGCCAGCUAUCAACUUCUCUAACAAUAGCAAGUCGGAAGCUGGAGCUGUUACUUGUGACUUCAACUUGACCGAGCUGGCUUCAAUUAGCAGCAUGGCAAAAACUGACAAAAACUUGCCUGAACAAUCCCUUAGAUUAGAGGCCGUCUCCAAUCAAAAGGAUGGGAAUUCUGACAGCUUUUCAGCUGCUACUCAAGUUCAUUUUACGAACAGUGUGGACUCUACCAAUAGCAGUAGUAUUCAGGGGAAAUCCCUUGACAACCAAAAUGUGGCUAAUCUCGAGUAUAAGAACUCUGGUAAUCCCCACCUUGGUGUGAGUGGUUAUAUUGCAGAUGGAGAGGCAAGCUUUUCCGCAGCAGGACCCGCAUCUGGUUUGAUCACGUACUCAGGGCCUAUAUCACAUUCAGCUAACAUCUCUCUUCGGUCAGAUAGCAGCACAACAAGUGCCAGAUCUUUUGCCUUCCCAGUCUUACAAUCUGAAUGGAACAGUAGUCCAGUAAGAAUGGCUCAUGCAGAGAGGAGGAAACACAGGGGUUGGAGGCAAAGAGUUCUCUGUUGUAAAUUCUAAGUCCUUUUUGUUUCUUAUCAUAGGAUUGUUAGUUCGAAAAUAUAGAUCACUUAAGAUCCAAAGAAUGAUCCUUUGUUAGUAUACAUCUUAAUAUUCUUAGGAAUUGGCAUGUCCUUGGUGGUAGGUUUAGAGGGCUCUUUGAGUUGAUAAUCUUAAAAAGUGAAGAAGUGAAAUGUAGACCCAAUUAGCUUUUUGUUUUCCUCUUAUGAUCUAUUUAUAAUCAUUUGGUAAUAAAAUUCCUAGCAUGUUAAACUUGCUUAA